CCCAUCGUCAUCGCGGGAUUCAAGAUGGCUCCCUUGUAAUUCGUAUUUUAAGUAAUCUUCUCGGGCUUAUAACGUUUUCUGUAAAAAUACCACGCCAUAUGCAACUUAACAGUGCUUAAUUAUGAUUAAAAUACACGUGACAACUCUUUCCCGAAGUAAUUAUUGCUAGUCAUUUUAUACGUAAUGACAAACUACGUGUAUGAACUCAGCGAUGUCGGGCGAACCAAAACCGAUACUGGGAUCUCGAGUUAACCAGCUCGAUGCAGCUGAACUGGACGGCGAACUACUGGGCCUCUUCAAAUCCAGACUGACGGAUGCAUUCAAAUAUGUCAAUGGCAACUUCGUCGCAUCCUAUGAGCCUGAAGUUAAGGCCUUGCUCAAAGCACUUCUUUUUGGAUUCCCGCUUUGGAGUGCUUCAUCAACAGUGGGGCAACGCCUGUUGGGUUUGGAGUACUUCGCAGGAGAGGAAUCUUCCAAACGGAUAUCAAAGACACAGAUUGGAGUUUUUCUUACGCUGACCGUAGCCGUUCCGUGGAUCAAAGAGCGUCUCCUGCAGUUGUGGCUUCGGCAUUUGCCGCACGGACCGAAGCGCAACAAGAUUGAGCAAGCCAUCACAUGCAUGGAUGCUGCUGUACAGUGUGCCAACGUGAUCAACUUCAUCUUAUUCCUUCGGAACGGUGUCUUUCAUUCCCUGGCCACGAGAUUAAUGCGGGUGUACAACGGCCAUGCAAACCCACAACUCUUCCGUGAGGUGCAGUACGACAGCAUGAAUCGAGAGCUUCUGUGGCAUGGGUUUGCUGAAUUCUUGGCGUUCUCCAUACCAAUAAUUAACUUCUACAGCAUCAAGAACACACUAAAGCUGACAUUUUUACGAUACUCCAAGAAGCCGACCGAACCGAGUGAGCGCACCAGGGCCGACUUCGCUUCGUGCGCCAUCUGUAGCUGCAGCCCAACGCAGCCUCAUGAAAUGGGUUGCAGACACGUCUUUUGUUACUUCUGCAUUGCGAGCAAUGUGACAGCGUGCAGCAACUUCAUGUGUCCUUCGUGCAACCAUACCUGCGACGGCAUGGAUCGUGUUGUACCAGCAACGUUGCCAUCCAUGUGAUUUAUUUAUUGAUUGUUGAUUUAUUAUUGGUUCAUCAUUGAUUGAUUGUUGGUAGUAGUCAAUAUUAUUGGUUGAUUUAUUAGUGAAGGUACAGCAUAGAGCUCGUCUCGUCUUACAACAAGAACGUGGCCCUGUUUGUACGAUUGUGAUGAACGUGUUUUCCGCCGCGGACUAACUUCCUUCUCGUUACUUUCCAAGACGUCGAUAGGAACAAAGAAAUGAGACAAGAAAGAAAGAAAAAAAAAGCAGCUAUGUAAAUAUGUACAUAAUAUGCAAGAUUGAAGGUGGCUUUUA